GGCGGGGGGGCCCGCGCCGCGCGAGCCGUUGGGCCUGGCUCGGAGAAGGCGUUGCCGCUGCCGUAGCCGCCACCGCUGGCAGGAAACACAGGAGUGGGACCAAGAGCAGCGUGGCGAUGGGCGGGAGUAGAGCCCCGCCGGAGAGGCUGGGCGGCUGCCGGUGACAGAUAGUGCUCUGUUCGCGGAGUGUCCUGUAUGUCCUGCUGCCUUGAGCUGUCCCGAGCUAGGUGACAGCGUGCUACGCUGCCACCAUGAACGAGGUGUCUGUCAUCAAAGAAGGCUGGCUCCAUAAGCGUGGUGAAUACAUCAAGACCUGGAGGCCCCGGUACUUCCUGCUGAAGAGUGAUGGCUCUUUCAUUGGCUAUAAGGAGCGGCCCGAGGCCCCUGACCAGACCCUGCCCCCCCUAAACAACUUCUCCGUUGCAGAAUGCCAGCUGAUGAAGACUGAGAGACCGCGGCCCAACACAUUUGUCAUACGCUGCCUGCAGUGGACCACAGUCAUCGAGAGGACCUUCCAUGUAGACUCUCCAGAUGAGAGGGAGGAGUGGAUGAGGGCCAUCCAGAUGGUCGCCAACAGCCUCAAGCAGCGGGGUCCGGGUGAGGACCCCAUAGACUAUAAGUGUGGCUCCCCUAGUGACUCGUCUGCGGCUGAGUACAUGGAAGUGGCAGUUAGCAAGGCACGGGCCAAGGUGACCAUGAAUGACUUCGACUAUCUCAAGCUCCUCGGCAAGGGCACCUUCGGCAAAGUCAUCCUGGUGCGGGAGAAGGCCACCGGCCGCUACUACGCCAUGAAGAUCCUGCGGAAGGAGGUUAUCAUCGCCAAGGAUGAAGUCGCCCACACCGUUACUGAGAGCCGGGUCCUCCAGAACACCAGGCAUCCAUUCCUCACUGCGCUGAAGUACGCCUUCCAGACCCACGACCGCCUGUGCUUCGUCAUGGAGUAUGCCAACGGUGGGGAGCUGUUCUUCCACCUGUCCCGGGAGCGCGUCUUCACGGAGGAGCGGGCCCGCUUUUACGGGGCCGAGAUUGUGUCAGCCCUGGAGUACCUGCACUCGAGGGACGUGGUGUACCGCGACAUCAAGCUGGAAAACCUCAUGCUGGACAAGGAUGGCCACAUCAAGAUCACUGACUUCGGCCUAUGUAAAGAGGGCAUCAGUGACGGGGCCACCAUGAAAACCUUCUGCGGGACCCCCGAGUAUCUGGCACCCGAGGUGCUGGAGGACAAUGACUACGGCCGGGCCGUGGACUGGUGGGGGCUGGGCGUGGUCAUGUACGAGAUGAUGUGCGGCCGCCUGCCCUUCUACAACCAGGACCAUGAGCGUCUCUUCGAGCUCAUCCUCAUGGAAGAGAUUCGCUUCCCGCGCACGCUCAGCCCUGAGGCCAAGUCCCUGCUUGCUGGUCUGCUUAAGAAGGACCCCAAGCAGAGGCUUGGCGGGGGACCCAGCGAUGCCAAGGAGGUCAUGGAGCACAGGUUCUUCCUCAGCAUCAACUGGCAGGACGUAGUGCAGAAGAAGCUCCUGCCACCCUUCAAACCUCAGGUCACAUCUGAGGUGGACACAAGGUACUUCGAUGAUGAGUUCACUGCCCAGUCCAUCACAAUCACCCCCCCGGACCGCUAUGACAGCCUGGGCUCUCUUGAGCUGGACCAGCGGACUCACUUCCCCCAGUUCUCCUACUCGGCCAGCAUCCGAGAGUGAGCAGCGCCACCCGCCCGCCGCCGCCAUGGACACACGGCUGCCAUCACGCCGGGGGGCUUUGUCUGGUUUUUUUUUUUUUACUUUUAAUUUUGCCUCUUUUGUUUGCAUCUCCAUCCCUCACCCUUCACCUCCAUUUAUAGUUUUUCCUUCAGCCCUCUGCCAAACUCCCCUCAGCGGACCCAGCGGCCCUGCCUAGGAUCCUGACCUGCCCUCACUUUUGCGCCCAGAUCAGGACGGGGAGACCUCGCCGCCUGCCCCAGGACCGGGCCCUUGGUGGUCGGGAGGACUUUAGUUUUUCAUCCGUGGCCCCAGCGGGGAGCGGAGGUGGAGGCGGAGGUCUGCCUCAGUUUCCGGCGGGGCCCGCAGCUGCCCGCUCUGGGUUGUGCUGCCACGGAGGGCGGACAGUGCCCUGGGCUGCCUUCCACGCCUGUCGUCAGGUUCCGCGUGUCCUGGCAUGGAGUCCCGCUCCCUCCCCACACCGUCGGAAAAGCAGUGAUGUCCAGGGCCAGGCAGGCCUGUGGGAGCUGCGGAGCGGAGGCCUAGGGCUCCCUCAGUAGGCUGGGGCCCAUCACCAGGUGGGGAGCCUGGAGCGGCCAAGGGGAUGACGACGCUGCCUCCCUGCGCCCACACUGCUCUCCUGACCCUGUGGACGAGGCAGGAGGAACAUCUGGGAGCUAGCCUUCCCACCCCAAGCUCCGUGCCUUACCAGGGCUUCCUUCCAGCCGGCCUUACCUCCUGCUGGACCCUGGGCCUGGCCCUUCCCAGGAUGGGGCCGGGAUGGCCCUUCUCUCUGCCUGGGCGGAGGGUGCCGGCCCGUGUUGUUACACAUCUCGCACCGAGACAGUAUUGGGCCCUGUGGACUUGGGUGGGGAGGGGUGUCUCUGGUACGUUCUGGGGUGAGGGCCUUCGAGCAGGGAGGCUCCAGGCCACCUCACUGCCCCCCUCUCAGCCCCACGUUCUGCAGCCUUAAGGUGAACACGUGUCAGUGCUGUGGACACUCAUGUGUGCCUUGGACUGUGUGUGCAUUGGUGUCCUUAUGCAUCUGAGACACAGGUGCAUAUGGGGUGUAUGUACGUGUGUGUGUGUGUGUGUGUGUGUGUGUGUGCAAGCAUGUCCUGGCCUCGAGGGUGUGGUGUGUGUGGGUUUGGGCCCCUGGUCCUGACCCCAGCAUUUCACCCCAGGGGCAGGGGUGCUGGCCUGGCGGGAGAGCCACACAUGAGGUCCACUUGCUGCCCCGUCUCUCCCCUUCCCACCAACAUCCCCGAGUGUUUGGAAUGUAGUUUUGUGGUUUUGAUCUCCCCACCCCACCUCCUGGACUAGGUAGUUCUCAGAGAGACAUCUGGGGUGGGGUGGGGUUCGUGUGGGGGGUGGGAAGUCUCUUUUCCUUUUGUGUGUGUAUGUCAUUGAUCUGACAAUUCUCCCUCUUCCCCACUGGCCUUUCCCUGUUCCUCGUAUUUGUACGGUACAAGCAAUAAAGACUCCUUCAGACCAGGGCCUACCACCCUGGGCCUUUUCUUGCUCACGGAGUCCUGCUCUCAUGGCUCCGUUAGGGGGCCCGUUAAGUCGGUGAGACGGAGAAGGUGCCAUGGCUGGAGGGGAAGGGCCGCUGGGGGUGCAGCCCCGGAGCCGUUUAGGAGAUCCCUGGGCCUGGGUGGCGGUGCAGUGGACAGAGACCUUCUCAGGCCCUCAGAAGCUGCUGGGGCAAAAAG